GCCGUUAUCGCCCUCUAUCUCUCCUUCAAGACCCCUUCUUUUUCCUCCUCUUCACUCCAUCUUUUGUCCUUCCUUCCCUCUUUCCCUCCUUCCUUUUCGUCUUUCUUCACCUCCAUCCUCCCCUCUUCUUCUUCUUCUUCCUUCUUCUUUCUCCCUUUCUUCCUUUCUUUCUCUCGUCAUCCCAUCACCCCACACACCAGCCUUAUCUCUUUUCCCUCCUUCCUUCCUUCCUUCCUUCCUUCCUUCCCUUCUUCCAGCAAGUCUUCGCAAGCACAUUCAAGAAACCAGACCGCCACCAGCCAUGGCCAUGCCACGACUCCCAAACACCCUCCGGUCCUCGUUCGGACAAGGCGCACCCUCUUCUCUACGAUCCAGCUGUUGCUCCUCGUCUCCGUCCUUAUCAGCCUGCCCUGGAUCUGCUCGCUACUGCUCCUCCUCGGCCUUGACCGCCACUCGGAACGGUCUCGUCGGUGCAACCAAACAUACCACCACAGGAGCAUCCGCUGCUAUACCAACACCAUCGUCAACAGCAACAGCGGCAACAUCAUCUAAUGUCUCAAUGCCAAAUGUACUUGGACGGUGUCGGAUCGUUAUCAGGAAUAAACAUCAGGCAGCAACAACCACAAAUACAACUACCGCCAUUAGCCAUGUCAACUCGACCCAGAAACGGUACAGUCAUCUAGCCACGGCUCAGCACUCACCCUCACCACCACCGUCAUUGUCUAACACAGCUCAACACCAGCAACAGGCUCAGCCGAUUCAUAUGUCAGCCGCUGCGUUUCCUCCCGCCUCUUCCUCAAAAGGAGGCGCGGCUACGAUCUCACCUCAGGCUUCGCCACUUUUCAGGAUGAAUAACCCAGCAUCGAUUGUCCACCAGCCUCAGCCGCGGAGACGCUACAGUCCACAGCACUUUUAUCAGAACCGGAUCCUGGAUCCCUACGUCAACCAAGCCGUUAGUCCAAUCACGCUGCGGCAGCUGGUCUUCUUUGGUCGGAAUAUGCAAGAGGACAAGCUAUUGAAGUCUGCGAAUUAUGUCCGAACAGAGCUGCCUGUUCGUCUCGCUCAUCGGAUCCGGGAUUUCCAGAACCUGCCCUUUAUUGUCGGGACGAACCCCCAUAUCGAGUUGGUCUACGAUCUGUACUGGCAAGCAUUCGAGAAGAUGAGCAAGAUCCCCGAGAUCAAGACACUGGAGGAGAACGAUGCGUUUUGUGAGAUGGUCAAGGAGCUGUUGAACGAUCAUUUGGUAGUGAUCCCACAACUGGCGCUGGGGAUAAUGGAGUGCUCGAAGCAUAUUCCACCUCAGCAGGUCGAUCGGUUCAUGAACAAGAUGUUGCGGUCGAGGAUUUCGAGACGUGUGUUGGCGGAGCAGCAUAUUUCUUUGACUGCCAACUUUAAUUCGCCAAACCACAUGAUGACGGACCGGGGCUAUAUCGGGAUCAUCUACACGCACUGCAGGCCUAGGGAGAUUGUGGAACGGACGGCACUUCUGGCAGCAGAGACUUGUCGACAGGCCUCGGGAGGAAUGGACCCACCAAAGGUCAUGCUUGAUGGCAACAUCGAUGCAGAGUUUUCCUAUAUCCCAGACCAUAUCGAGUACAUCCUAUACGAACUACUCAAGAACUCGAUGCGGUUUGUUAUGCAGAAUGGUGUGCCCGAUGCACGGACAGGAGAGUUGCCGCCGAUCCAGAUCACAGUCUGCGAGGGAACCCAUGAUAUCGUCUUCAGGAUCUCGGACAAGGGAGGCGGAAUCCAUCCGGACAUGGAAUCGCAUCUGUGGUCGUAUUCACAGUCUCCGGCACGGUUUGCGAACUUUGAAAAGAUCUCGAAGAUGGCGGCGACGGUGCAGGAGCAGAUGGUCUCGCCGUCGAGGAGUGUGAAUUCUGGAUUCAGCGGCCACAACCGAGUCGCACAAGCGCAGGAGGUGAAGGGGCAAGACGAUAGCGAGGGUAUUACAUUGCCACCACCACCAGCAACCCACAAGAGCUCGCCAUCAACACUGCUGUUGGAUCGCCAUGCACCCCCUCGUGUCAAUAAGUCCUCGUCGACUGUAUCCUCGUCCAGUUCGUCAUCGUCAUCGUUCUCGACAUCUUCUUCGCAACAUGCGAUCAUUGAUCCGAGUGAGAGUCGUGCAACGAACAAUAAGCGUCCUCAGUACAAGGACCAGUCGAUGCAUCUGGGCAUUGGUCUGCCGAUGAGCAAGGUCUAUGCGGAGUACUGGGGUGGCGAUCUGAAGGUGUUCACGAUGCAUGGAUACGGCACGGAUGCGUACGCAAGAUUCUGCAAAUUUGGCAAUAUCUACGAGAACUUUGAUGUCGAAUAAGAGUACAGACAUCCAUUAGCAUCGGCACGCACCUGAAUAAUUACAUAAUAGACAUAUACCAAAACAUAGAACCAAUUGGCAUAUCUUUGUAGGUGUGUCCAUGCAUGUACCCAUGCGAGUUUGGGUGUUUUGUGCGGGGAGUGGGGG